UGUGUGGUUGGUUGUACAAUUUCAAGAUUUAAACAAUAAUUAAGAUUUUGGAAAAUAUUCAUUGAAAAGAAGUUAAAUAAUUAUUUUGAUAAAUAUCUAACAGAAUGUUAUAAAAAUACGAAAAAAGAUAAUAAAGAAAUAAACAAACAGAAAGUUAUACCAUUGUUAAGUUGCCGCUAGUACUGACACCACCGCCCCCAGUUUCCGCUAGAUAAGUCUGCAGCAGUUUUUAUGGUGAACUCGAGAAAGUGCUUUUAUUAUUUGAAUCUUCUGCUCUCCUUAAUGUAAGUUUGUACUUCUUUGAACAGUAUUUCAUUCUGAGAUUCUGUUAAAGUAUCAAUGCAGUAUUAGAGUUUCUUUGGGUUAAGAGAAUGAAAGGCUCUAGUAUUUAAUGAAUAAUGUCCGCCACUGAAGUGUAUAUCCUUCGCAAGUAAAAAAAUAAUGCUCAGCAUUUUCAUUCUCAGCACCACAUUCACAGGACGGGCUCAGUAUACAGUUAUACAGAUCAGAAUUUAGAUUGAUGCAGGUAUUUCUUAUACGGGCAUGAUGAACGGCUGAGAAGCUUUCGCUUUUAGUGAAAAAAGAUGGAACUACUGGUGAAUUGGGCUAUCAAUAGCGGAGCGACUUGCUGAAGAUGGCGCUAAAGUCAUGAUAAGCAGCCGAAAACAACAGAAUGUUGACAAAGCCUUACAAACAUUGAAAAACAAAGGACUAACUGUGUCAGGGGUAGUAUGUCACGUGGCAAAGAAGGAACACAGGCAGAAAUUGAUUGAACAGACGGUGAAUGAGUAUGGAGGGAUCGAUCUCCUUGUAUCAAACGCAGCCGUGAAUCCCAUAUUUGGUCCUAUGCUAAAUUCGACUGAAGACGCAUGGGACAAAAUAUUUGAAGUUAAUGUGAAAUCAACAUUUUUCCUUAUCAAAGAAAUUGUGCCAUACAUGGAAAAACGAGGGGGCGGGUCAAUGGUCAUUGUUUCGUCGGCUUCAGGCUAUAUACCGAUAGUAGGAUCUAAGUUUACGGGCGCUUACUCUACCAGUAAAACUGCACUGUUCGGAAUGGCGAAGGCUGUAGCCCGUCAACUAGCCCGGAUGAACAUACGUGUAAACUGUAUAGCUCCAGGGCUUAUCAAAACCAAGUUCAGCGAAAUUUUGGCGGAACAUGAAGGCGAAGAGAUAAUAAAAGUGAUGCCUCUGAAAAGGUUUGGGGAGCCAUCCGAAUGUGCGGGAAUUGUUUCUUUCCUUCUAUCAGCAGAUGCCUCGUACAUCACUGGUGAAACAGUUGGUGUUACGGGAGGAAUUUCCUCAAGAUUGUGAACGAAAAACAACAAUGAAGGCUGGCAAGAGAUAGCAUAUAAAUAUAUGACAGGAAAUAUUUUAUGUUCAAUAUUGGGCGCCAGUAAUUCAGUGUAUACAAUAGCUGAAAUUAUCAAUUAGGUUCUUCGACUAGAAAUGAGCAUCUCGAAUUUACUCGGGCAAAAUGAAUUAUUCAACUUAAAAUAUUAAUGUGGAAUUAUAUUAACUAAUAGUUGAGUAAAAUAUAUGAAUUAACUAUGUUUAGCUACUAUGGUUGUAUGUAUAUAUUUAUCUGACAGCAAAUAAUUUGCAUUUUUUCUUUUUCACACUAUAUUCCUUCAAUGUGCUCAUUUUAUCUUAGCUCCUUGAGGCUGAUCACUUUUUCGUGUCUUUUAAACAGUUAAAUGAAAUUAACAUCACUAAUAAGUCGUUUUUCAAAGUGAUAUUCCUAUUUUGUCUUGUUUUGGUUUUCUUUUUUCGUCAUUUGUAUUAUUGUUAAUAUCUCUUUUUUUCUAGAUGUUCUGUUAAUCCUAACAAUCAUGGCACACUCAUGUAUGACUCAAUGACAUUUAUCAUGUAUAUAACUGUUUGUGUCCACAAGAUGUUUUUGUAAAGGUAUUGCACCAGUUUUCCAGCCUAAGGUUACCCGUUUUAUUUGAAAUGAAGACCUCAAUAUUAUUUUUACGCACACAGUCACACAGGCCAACAUGCAAUAAAUAUGUACAAGAUAUUUUGUUAUAGCAUCACUUUUAUGUGCAUGACAGUAAUUUCUACUGUGACGCUGAAGUGUCCUUAUAUGUUAAAUAUCGAUAUAGUAAUGCUGCUCUUCGACAUAUCAUCAUUAUCAGGUGCAUACCACAGAUCUUUUUUUUUUUUCAUCAUUCUUUUGCAAAGAAAACUUCAGUU